UUUUGUGCGGGGGACGGGUCAGAAGGAGCGAGCGUGCGCGCGCUUUUCUCUGGGUUGUGAGAGUCCCUUCAGACAGCGUUAUUAAUUCCGUUUUCCUUCGCUUUCUCUCCGGUUUUCGGCAAAAUGGCGCCUCGUCUGGUUUACCGUCGUCACAACCACUAUGCCACUGGCUCCAACCGAGUGCGCCGCGUGCGCACUCCUGGAGCAAAGGUUGUUUUCCACAAUGUGGGCAAGCAGCCUUCGCGACCCAAAUGUGGCAACUGCCAUCGUGCUUUGCCUGGGAUCCCCGCUGUUGCGCCACACAGACUGAGACUCUUGAAGAAGAGAGAAAGAACAGUCCACCGCGCCUACGGUGGCAGCCGAUGCCACGCCUGCGUGCGUGAGAGAAUUGUGCGUGCAUUCCUUGUGGAGGAGCAGAAGUGCGUCAAGCAGGUGUUGCAAGUGAAGGAGAAGCAGAAGAAGGACGAAAUGAAGGCUGAGUCGAAGAAGUCGAAGCAGAAAAAGAGCAGCAAGACCGCGAAGGCGUAAGCGGUUUCUUGUUUGUAUCUAGACCUUCUUUUCUUCUUGUCUUCGUAAAACUCUCGCCAACACUUCCGUGAAUUGUCUUCACACUGGACGACAGGAGAGACCAAAGAGGGAAAGAGAAAGGAAACGGAGGGCUAUCACAACUGGCUCUGUAAGAGCAAUCAGGGGAAUCAUGGAGGUGUGCGGAGAGACUGUCGCAGCGAGGAAAACAGCUCCGUCUCGUUUGUUUUCCUGCCGUCAUGCUUCAUGCACACCUGACAUAAUGGUCGGUCACCCGUGAAACAAAAUUGUUCCGUAGAGACUUCAGGAAGUAGGGGCGUCUGGCCCUGCGGCGAAAAACUUUCUUGUUGCACUUGAUAGUCAGUUCUCUGACCGAGGAGCAGGAACAUGUGAUCCGGCCUUUCGGGAGCCGCACUUGUUUGCACUACAACACGUCUUCUCAGUCGUUAGAAACGUAUAUAACAAAUAGCGGUCGUAAUCACUUGGAGGACGCGCUUCCUCUUUUAAGCUAGAGAAUACCAGUCGUACAACGCGGAGUCUUGGUCGAGAAUAGCGAACAUUGCCUCAGUAAAACACUGCGGGAGAGAAUCUGGAACUCUAGCAACGAAGCAGGGAAAGUAAUAAAGGCAUAGAACCAUCCCCAGACGUGUGCAUCUACAGACAAACAAGCGAUCUCGUUGCCUAGGCUGCGCAGUAACACUCUGUUCAAAGCGGCUGAAAGGGUACUGUGUAAAUUCGGAAGGCGAUGGGCAGCGUACGUGACCUAUUUCGCAGUACCCUGGUGGGAGAAUCGGUUCAGCUGGGAGUCACUAGUAUAAUCACCAGUCCCAUACUGGAACACUAGAAAAUGUCAACCCGAAACCUUGUAAUGUGCAAGCUGUCUCCCAGAAAUAUCGUUUUACUGAAGUAGGAAGAUCAGGUUGCUUCGUAACCAUUCUGUAAGGCUCCCGGCACCAUUGGUUUCUCGCCCGCCACAUGGUGAGCGCGACUGUCGCCACGCUCUUAAAUCCCAUGACAGGCCAACAAAGGCGUAUCCGGCUGGGGCUAUGCAGCGUACGAUCCCUCGAAGAUUCCACCAGCUCACCAUUCCACGAAGUUAAUGGAGUUUUGGCGGCGCUGCUGCCGUGCAAGCAGUUUUUAAUGGACGCUCUACUUUUAAACUCGGUUCGUGCGGUGAACAUACCAGUGAGUGGGAGAUUAAAUUGUUUCACCGGACUACAUACGAUGUAACAUUUACAGUGUGGGUACAGCAGGUACGCACACUGGGUACCCAAAUGAAGAAAAGUGGGAAAUAAAGCUGCUAAUCCUCCCGUGCUAUGUCAUUUAAAGGGAGACAGACGCAGAAGAGUGCCUUUAUUGAGGAACAAGUACCAGG